GGCCUGCGAAACGAAAUACAAUACAACCCUAGCCGCAACCGAGUGCACCUUUGUGAACCUUUGUAAAUUUGUUAUUUAUCGCUGGGAACAGUUUUAAAGUAAUAUUCUCUCCGCUUUUGUUAGUGAACACAAAACUAGCACAUUAUAUUUAGAAACGUACACAAGUUUUAAAAUGUUUUGGCCAGUCAUCCACGGUGUUUAAAUCAAACAACACGUAUUUACCUCAGUGAACAGUGUUCAUUCGUAGUAGCCGCAUCACCAAAUUCACAAUGAAGAUCACAAUCACUACUCUGAACGACGAGAUUUUCGUCUUAGACGUAUCUGAAGAUUUGGAGUUAGAAAAUUUUAAAGCAUUUUGCGAAAUUGAAUCCGGGUUUCCUGCGAAAGAUUUCAUUUUGAAUUUUAAUGGCAAGCCGCUAUUAGAUGACAAAAAGUCUCUAAAAGAACACGGUGUUCAUGAUGGCGAUGUGAUUGUGCUGCUCCACAUGAUGCAGUCAGCAUCCAACCUCAACCAGAACGAUUCCAGUCAAGCUUUGCCCACUGGCUUAGCAAGUUUAGACUUCAGUGGCAUCAGGGUCCCACCAGGUGCAGCCAGCACCUCAAUGGCAGCUAGAAACCCUCCUGUUGAAGAAGACCCACGCAUCAUCAGGGAGAUGUUUUUGGCUAAUCCAGAUCAGCUUGCUCUCCUGAAGCAAAACAACCCUAGACUGGCUGAUGCUCUUCUCAGUGGCAACCUCGAUACAUUUGCUUCUGUGCUUCGCGAACAGAUAUUAGCUAGAACGGAACGUCAGCAACAACGGAUAAGGAUGAUGAAUUCAGAUCCGUUUGAUACAGAAGCGCAGAGAAUGAUUGCUGAGGAAAUUCGUCAGAAAAAUAUCGAAGCCAACAUGGAAGCAGCCAUGGAGUACAACCCAGAAACAUUUGGGACUGUUGUCAUGCUGUACAUCAACUGUCAUGUAAACGGAUUCCCUGUGAAGGCUUUCAUUGACUCUGGGGCUCAGACUACCAUCAUGUCAGCGGCUUGUGCUGAGCGAUGUAACAUCAUGCGGCUGGUGGACACUAGAUGGGCAGGCAUCGCCAAGGGCGUGGGCGUGCAGAGAAUCAUUGGCAGGAUCCACAUGGUUCAGAUGAGAAUCGAGAAAGAUUUCCUCACCACGUCUUUCUCCGUGCUUGAAGAGCAGCCUAUGGACAUGUUGCUCGGCUUAGACAUGCUCAAACGUCAUCAGUGCAAUAUAGAUUUGAAACGGAACGUUCUGCGCAUCGGCACGACGGGUACGGAGACGCCGUUCCUGCCCGAGUCGGAGCUGCCAGAGUGCGCUCGGCUGUCGGGGUACUCGGAGGACGAGAUCGUGAACCAGUCCAUGCGGGACCACGAGGACCGACAGGUCAAGGAAGCUAUGGAGAAAUCAAAGCAAGACGCAGCUUCGCACCAGGGUUUUAGACCGACUACUAGCGGCCAGUCAUCGUCAGUGCCAAUGCAAAUCAAUAACCAGAGGAUGGUUCUUGGUGAUCCCAGCCAGACUAUUCUGCCAAAUGACAACUUCGGUGAGGCUGAAGUAGAAGAAAUCAUGUCACUGGGAUUUACUAGGGAGCAGGCGAUCGUAGAGCUGCGCCGCUUCAACGGUGACAAGACUCAGGCCACGGUGGCUCUCUUCGCCAAGUCUCUGAAGUUCUAGGCAGACAGUCAGCACCGACCAACCACGGCUGAGUCAUAUUGACUACAUUUCAAUUAUAAUUAUCAUACUAAGAUAUGAAUUUAACAUUAUACAUUUUAACUGUAGUCUUCGAAAACAUCAUUUAGCUAAAAACAUAUUUUAGCCCGAUUUAUACAUUUGGUAAUCGUAUUUUACUGGUAGUAGGUAGGUACCAUAAUAAUAUAAAGUAGGUACCUGUAGAUUGCAAGUAAAUAAGUAGAAUCAACACCAUAUUGAUGAUUGAAGCCUUUUCUUUGAUCAUCAUAUUAUUUUUACAUACAGUUUGUAUUGAAUACCGACUGAUGCUAUACAUUAUAUAUUUAUACGUCUAAAGCUCGGGUUUUUGCAUUUGCAUAAGUUGCCUAUGCAGAACAAUUUAUUGUGUGUAGUUUGAUCAAAUCGAUCACUAGCGUGAUUAAGCCUCGGCGUCAAAGACUUAUGCGCAUGUGUGUAGUGCUGGUUUAUGACCGCCAUAUAUGUUAAGGGAUUGUCUCAAGACUUUAAGUAAGUGGAAUACCUAGCGUAUAAUCAUAUUUCAACUCCAUUUUGUGCUGUAAUUUGCGAAUAACAUCGUAGUUGUAGGCAUGUACCGAGUACUUUACAAUAUAAGAUUAAUAGGCAUUGUGUUAGUCGUGACACAACAAAAAGACUUGCAUAUCCGUCUUUACAUCCAGUAAUUUGAAAUACAUGCGAACAGAAGUAUUACAGUCGUCUGUGGAAUUCAUGUAUAAAGUUGACCAAACAAAUAGCUUAUACAAACACUUAAAAAUAAAUAAAAUCGGAGAUGCUUUUGCAACGUUUUAAUACUUUUUUAUCGAACUAUUUUUAGCGAAUUAGACACAAAAUGGACAAUAAUGAAACAUAUUUAAUUUUAAAUAUUAGUAUUUCAGUAAUGUGCAGCAUAAUCUUGUAACCCAUGUCAUAUAAUGGAUUAUUAAACGUAUUAAUUAUUAUAAUAGAUUGUAAUAUUUAAUGGAAUUUUGAUCUCUAGGGAUUCUUUUACCGUAAGGCUGUAUUAGCCUGGUCUAUGUAAACCAGCUGUCUUUAAAUUAUACUUUAAUCUGUAUGCAUUUUAUAAUUUAAAUGGGUUAUCAAUGGGUUUAGCGAAUUUACUUUAUCAAAGUACUAGUUUUUAGCAGUCGACAGUUUUUUAUUAUAAAGUAGUUUCAUAUGUAAUUUUAGGCGAUAUUUUAUAUGUUUUCAUGAAUAAAAAGAAUUAGUUUUAUUCCAAAA